AAUUUAACCUUAACUGAAACGUAUAUUCAAUUCAUAGAGACGCCACGCCCACUUGUUGAUAAUCUUGACUUGAUAUUGUUUACAAACAUUCAGAUUUACUCUGCAAGAAGAAAGUGACAACCAGCCUUAGUAUGGGAGCUAUUGGUUCAAAGAAACGUGAAUAUAAAAUUGGGGAGAAAUCUUCUGAUUCCAUAACAGAUAAAAAAGUUAUAGAAACAGUUGUUUGUCGCGAUGAUGAUUUGGAAGAUGGAAAAAUGGCCGAAUUUGAAAUCAACGAUACAAAUAAAGUUUUACUGGUAAAGGAAAAUGGAAUUUAUUCUGCUUUUGGAACUAAAUGCCCUCAUUACGGUGCCCCUUUAAAAAAUGGCGUCCUUAUUAAUGGAAAAAUUAGAUGUCCUUGGCACGGUGCAUGUUUUAACAGCAAAACUGGAGAUAUUGAAGAUUUUCCAGGCUUAGACAGCUUACCUUGCUAUCAAGUCAGCGUUGAAAAUGGUGAUGUUAAAGUUAAAGCAGAAGUUUCGGCUCUUAAAAAUCAUAAGCGGGUGAAAGAAAUGAGUAAAUAUUCGCACAUCAAUCCUUCCACAUUUGUUAUUAUUGGCGGAGGAGCCGCUGCGCAGGUUUGCACCGAAACACUGCGCCAAGAAGGUUUUAAUGGCAAAAUUAUUUUAAUUACUAAAGAAAAGCAUUUGCCUUAUGAUCGCCCUAAGUUGAGUAAAGCUCUUGACACGAAAGCCUCUGAUCUUUAUUUGAGAAAUGCCGAUUUCUUUAAGAAAGCCGAUGUGUCUGUGAUGUUGGAAACAGAGGUAACUUCGAUUGACACGAGCGAAAAAUGGGUUGCUUGCAAUAAUGGCAAAUUAAAAGUGAAGUAUGAAAGCUUAAUGAUUGCCACUGGUGGUCAGCCUAUUAGGAUGCAGAUUCCAGGCUCAGAUUUAAAAAAUAUUUACUACUUGCGAACACCAGAAGAUGGUAAAUCAAUAGUAAAAGCCUCAGCUGGUAAAUCGGUCGUUAUCAUUGGUACAUCUUUUAUUGGUAUGGAAGUGGCAUCCUACUUAAUGAAUAAAGCCACUUCCAUCCAUGUAAUUGGUCGCAGUCCCGUGCCUUUUGCUAAAGUGUUUGGAUUGGAUAUUUGCAACCGCAUUAAACAGUUAUUUGAAGAAAAAGGUGUAGUUUUCCACUUUGAAAAAGAUGUCGUCGAAUUUGCAGGAGAGGAUGGUUUACUUACAGGUAUUAAAUUUUCAAGUGGGGAAUGCAUACGAGCUGACGUAUGCGUAAUCGGUAUCGGAGUAAAACCGGCCACCGAUUAUCUCAAAAGUUCUGGAAUAUCUAUGAAUGAGAAAGGUUUAGUGAUGGUGGAUGAGUUUCUGAAGACAAACAUUGAUGGAAUUUAUGCUUGUGGUGAUAUUGUAGAAUUUCCAUUGGCUACUUAUGGUAAUGUAAGAGUGAAUAUCAGCCAUUGGCAAAUAGCACAAGCACAUGGAAGGGUUGCUGCUUUGAAUAUGGUAGGAAAAGUUACAGCUUUACAGUCUGUUCCAUUUUUCUGGUGUGCAAUGUUUGGCAAGAACUUUCGCUACGCCGGGUAUGCCGAGAAUUACGAUGAAGUUAUUAUCGAUGGAGAUGUGGAGAAGUUGGAAUUUGUUGCCUACUUUAUUUCCAACUCAGAAGUGGUUGCAGUGUGCACUGCAAACAGAGAUCCAGAAGCUGCAAAAUUCGCUUCUCGCAUUUGCCAAGGAGAGAAAAUAUUGAGAAAUGAAAUACAUACAUAACUGAGAUUCAAUAUUUGAUAAUUAAUCUAUGUUUGUUAUAUAAGCUUUGGGUAAUUGUUUUAGGGGGACCACAGAACAUUGAAUUUUUAAAAUUUAGAAAUUUCAGGGACUUUAAAUGUCUGGAAAAAUGAAUUAACUUGGGAUAGAGGUACCAUUAUUAUUUUCAAAAAAUUUCCUUCUAAUAUUUUUUUUUUAAAUUAAACAUUUAUUUUUAAAUGUUUUGUAAGUAAAUUUUGUGUAUUACAAUUAGGCAUAGCGAGGAAAAAAUUUAAAAAUUGUUAAUCAUUGCAACAUCAAAGAAAUUUGAUAAAAUCUGAGAAAAAUUAAAGUAAAUUUUUUUCCUUAGUGUUUGUGGCCAUCCUGUUAUUGCAAAUAGAGUUUGUAAUAAUAAAUUGCUUGCAAUAAUUUUUUAAUGUGGUGUUUUCUAAUAAAACAGGUCUUUUUCGAGCCUAUGCAUUUUUUGAAGAUGUCAUUUUAAUAUGGCAUGAUCAAAAUGACUCCUGAUGGAAGAAAUCUUUAAAUUAAAAACCCAAAAAUAAUGGAUACACGAUUUCCUUUUGGAAACUAUGAUUUGUGCUGAUUGAAGAAACCAACAAAGUCUCUAAUUUUUUUAUCUGCUAAUUUCCACAAGUUAUAAAAAUUGGUUCAUUCUGUGAUAUUCGUAUAGCAAAAGCAGACAUGUGUUUGCUAGAAAUAAGAAAAAAAUUGUGUUGUGUUUAUAUGCUUGGGCCUGCGUUAGGGAUUUCAAAUUAUUAACCGAAUAUCAAAAGUAUUUGCUAAUUUUCAAAAGUCUUUCCAAAUCUUAACAAUUUUUUAUGACUGAUUUUUUUCUCCAUACGAAACAAUUUUAUGGUAGUUUGUUUCGGGCUUAUAUUAUUUGGACUUGAUUCUAAUUGGUUAUGUGGCCCGUCUACCAAAAAUUACUGCAAUUGAAUUAAAAAUACUACAUUGUUUAGAAAAAUUCAUUUUGUUGUAAUUUUGAGGAUCGAGUUAAAUAUGUAUAUUUUUUUCAGUGGAAAGGAUCAUUAGCAAAAACAUAGUUUUAUUCGCCAAAUUUAGGAUUUUAUCGCAUUUGAUGAGUUGGCAAAUGCUUAACACUGGCCCUGUCUUGUGUUUACAUAAUAUGCAGUAUGUUUUAAAAAAUAGAAAUAUUCUUCUAUAGAUUUUUUUUUUUUUGCUGUCACAUUUUAUGCAUAAGCAUACAUUUGUUGAUUUUUUUUCACUUUUACUCCAUUUCUAAUGCAGAUUAAUAGAAAUAUACUUCAAUAUAUAUAUUUUUUUCUACCAUGUUUUAUGUACACAUUUGUGCAUAAAACUUAUGAAUUUUUUUUAAACAUUUAUUCCAUUUCUAAUGUAGAUUGUUAAAAGGAAUUAAACAAUUAGAAGAUUUAUUUUAAUAUUUUUCAGAAACAUUAUAUGAGUUUCUAAAAUAUUGUAAGGAUUUAGUUAGUAAUACUUUAUUAUUUAAAGAAUCAUACCAGUUAAAAAAGGAUUUUAAUGUGUUUAAUAAAUAUGUAAUUCUUUUUAUAAUUUUUAGCUUUAAUUGACAUUUUUUUCAAUUUAAAAUUUUUUUUCUGAAUAAAACAUUCUCUGUUUCUGCUAUAUUUUUCAUCAGGAACAAAAAGCUUCAUUUUUUUUAAUGUUAAUAAUUUGCCUCAAAACAUUCCAUUUCUAGUGAAUUAAAAUUUCAUUCUUAAAAGGGCCAUAGACUUUUCUAUGAGGAGGAUAUCCUUUUUGGUACCUGAAAUGGUCACAAAAUUUUCAAUGUUAAUAUACUAAUGGUUAACAGGCAAAUUGAAAGGGUGAAUUUUGUCACCACAUGCAAAGUUUAUUUUUUAAAAGAAGUGGAAUAAGUGAACUGUACAGUGCCACAGCAUGUUCUAUUAGUGCCAUUUGUGACAAUAACAAUUUGCUGGAAUAGGUAUGACUAUGGGAAUGUCACCUUUUUGUUGAUAAAUUAUCAAUGGGUUGAGUUUAAAAACUACUUAGUUUUUUAUUGUUGAUCAGAGCAGGAUUGAUAAAAAUUUGUUUUUAAUGAUAUUCACGUGUUUUUGAUGGAUUGUUUUUGAUAGAUGUAGAUUUUAUUGUGGUUAGAUGGGUAAUUCAUUUGUUAUUUUUUUUAGUUGUAAGGUGAAGAUUCACUAUUAUUUUGAAGUAUUAUUGUUGAUGAGUGAAUGAAUUUAAAUUAUACUUAGAUCAUUUAUUUUUUCUUUGUUUAAAGCUGAUUAAUAAGAAAUUGCAUGUAAUAGUAUUCAUACAUUUUAUAUCUUUUGCUAGAUUCUAUUGUGGGUUAGAUGGACAUUUUAAUUGUUAAUUUUUGGCUGCAAUGUGAAUAUUUGGAGAUUGUAGCAUUCAAUCAAAUGUUUUACCUGUUACUUUAUUUUUCUUUUUUUUAAAUUUCUAAUAGCACAUGUUGUUUGAAGAAUUUUAUUCUGAAAUUGUUACUGUUUGUGCAGGAUAUUUAAGUCUCGGUUAUUUCUGACAGCAUUAAGCACUCCAGCUAAUAACAAUAAUAAUAAAAAAAAAAGUUAGAAAUGAAGCAACUUAUAAUAUGUAUCAAAUAAUAUCUAAAGCAUAAUUUACUUGUAAUUUGAGCAGAUCAAUAAUUAAGAUCCAUUUGAGGAGUAAAAUUAUAUAAGUUAUCUGAAAAUAGCAGGUGAUU